AUGCCUCGCGACCUACGCUCGCAAUCGAACCCUAAAACCAAUGAGCGAAUCCACGCUGCUGGCCCAGGUGCUAUUGAGACUUCGGGUACUCACAACGUUCCCGUACGCGCAACUACUGAUAGUACAUCGAAUGCCAAUGGGUCGCUAUCACUUAUGGAUGUGAACAAAAACAUGGAAUCAUCGUUCUCAAGGGUUUUCGAAAAGCUGGACUAUCUUACAGCUGAUAUUGCUGCUAUCAAAACAAAAGUAAAUGAUAUGGAAGGAGCUGUUGAGUUCAAUUCGGGAAAAGUUAUGGAGAUCGAGAAGGAUAUUAUCCCGAAUAUUACGGCCAACCUGGAGUCUCGAAUUGCUGACUUGCAAAAUCAGCUCACUUCGAUGGAGAUUUACAACCGCCGUUCCAACUUGCUCAUCUACGGUCUACAUGAGGAUCCUAACGAGAACAUCUUCCAAGUCAUCCGCAAGUGCAUCGUUGAUCUCGGAAUUGCCGCUGACGAAGCGGCCAACAUGGCGUUCGUUAACGCUCAUCGUCUUCAUCGACGCGCAACCCAAGAUGCACGCAACCAUACUCAACCCACAGCUCCCAGCCCAAUAAUCGUUAAAUUUGUCUACAUGACUGACCGAAACAAAGUUCUAUCUGCCUUCGAGAAUAGAGAUCGACGACCACGACCCAACGUGCAACUUCCUGCCGGUACUCCAACUCGCAUCUCGAUCCGCACGGACCUCCCCCCUGCUCUCAAGGCUAGGCGUGGUCAUCUCGCUAAGAUUGCAUACGACAUGAGGAAAAAGGAUGGUGUGUCGACCAAAAUAUUGCUAAAAAACAACAAGGUUUGUCUUCAGUGGAAACAAAAAGGAGCAUCUACUUGGAAUGACUACCAACUUCAUGAUGAAAAUGCAUACCCGCAGUCAGCUCUCUGUGUAUUUAGUUUGAAUGAUAUAGACGGUAACUUUACAGAGGGUGAUUUCUUUGGGUCUGAUGGUGAUGUACAAAAUGAUUUAUGGAGGGCUAAUGAUGGAUCUACGGUUUCACCAAGACAUGGAGCAGAUUGCUCCAAUCCAAACACCGCUUCAAACAACUUUUUACGUGACUACAACCUUAUGGACGUCCCUGCAGUUCAGAUAAAUGAUACUCCACUUACCAUGGUUGGUGAUCGAUUCUCUAAUCUUGAAAUGACAAAUGAAUCAUACAUUAUUUCAUCAGAAAGGGGAUGUCUGUACCAGUUUAAUAUUUCUACUUCCAGUGGAGAUCUAGGUGACCCAUGUCAUCUGAAUGAUACUAUCGAAGGGUCUCCAAUUAAGGAUUUAGAGAGCCACAAUAAUGGCUAUAUGGUCACCACACCUGAUAAUGCCUAUGGAUUCAGCUCGUGUAACGUUAGUCGAGACCCUCUAUGCAGUCAAACAGCAGUAUUUCCACAACCUGGUGAUUACUCAGUAAGACCGAACUCUGUCUUCAACAUCUACACUGAAAACACAUUUGACUCUAUAACUAUUACAAACAUCACCGGAGAGAUCACUGAUGGAAGUUAUCUUCUCUUGAGAAAUGAGACUCUGGAUGCUGCUGAGUCACUUGUCCACUAUCAGAUCCUGAUUAUAGAUGAAACCAAUGUGACAAUGACAGGAUGCGAUGGAGGGAUGAUGGAAUUCAUCAUUUCUUUGAUUGAACCUGGUAAUUACACACGUGAUGAACUGGUUAGAAGAUGUGAUGAUUGGGAUUUGGCUGAUAAUACAUCACAAUACUUAAAGGCAAAGGAGACUAGUAACGGUAAUUUUCAAUCUACAAUCUUGAUUGAGAAUCGUCAAGUCACAGCUUGUGAAAACUGUCCGUACAAUGACUGUACAACUGACUGCUGUGAAUACUAAAACUAC